CCGUCGCUGCCAUUAUCCGUCGUCUCCACGCUGCUGCGUCGUCGGUCCAUACGGUUGGGCAUCCAGUCGCCGUCUGCAUCUCAAGCCGCCGCCCCGGUCGUCCCUGUCCUUUCUCGGCCCUUGCUCGCCACCUCCAUCGGUUGCCUGCUCUCGCUGGAUCGCUCCUGCUGCCCCUGGUCUCAUCGGCACGCCAAAUCAGCAAGCCAAACCAAGCCAAGCCGGCAUCUCCCAUUCCCUCGACGCUUCCGCCUUCAAACCUCGGCAAGCCAUGUCGUCCAGCACCAUCCCGAUCCAGUCGGUACUGGAAGAGCCUCGGCCUCAUGCGCCGCCAUACCAGGCUCCGCUGCCAUAUGCCAUCGUCUGCGGCGCCGUGGCGGCCGGUAUAUCGGAUUCGCUGAUGCACAGCUUGGAUACAGUCAAGACCCGCAUGCAAGGGCAAAUGACCAGCAACGGCACCAAGUACUCUGGCCUCAUCCAGUCAUUUCGAACCAUCAUCCAGGAAGAAGGGCCAAAGAGUUUGUUUUCGGGGCUUGGUGCUGCCGCCGCCGGGUCGGUGCUCUCGACCGCAGCCUACUUUGGCUUCUACGAGUCGAUCAAGCGCAGACUCCUGGCGGACGGCGUCAACCCAGUAGCAAGCUUCUUUAUUGCCAGUGCAACGGCCGACACCAUCGCGAGUGCAUUCUAUGUUCCUAUGGAGAUGGUCAAGACCCGGCUGCAACUCCAAGGCAGCUUCAACAACCCCCACUCUGUCUCGCUACACAACUACCGCGGCACAUGGCACGCUCUCCGGACGAUCCUCGAGUCCAGGGGAAUCGUCGGCCUGUACCGCGGCUGGGGCGCCACUAUUGCCCGAGACGUACCCACGACGGCUAUCCAGUUCACAUUCUACGAGUCCAUCAAAUCAUUCUUUGUCCAAUACCAGUGCGACGGCGACGAGACUGCCUUGACCAUAGUCCACGAUCUUGUCUCUGGAGCUGCUGCGGGAGCCCUGGCUGGAGCCCUGACGACUCCGCUGGACGUUGUCAAGACAUAUCUGCAGACACAGAGCAAGCGGGCGGCCUCCACAGGCGGCUCACGGUUCCAGCGCAUCAACCCGGACGCCGCAUCGGGGCCGUCAAUAGCGCUGCUCAAGGGCGGCGAGCGGGCAGCCGCCCAACCGAUCACGGUAAUCUCGUCGCCGUCAUUCAUCUCCAACAUCAAGACGGCGCCAGAAGCUCCCGCGGUCCAGGCUACGUACUAUCGCGGCGUCUUCUCGGCUCUGCUCGGCAUCUACGAGCGAAACGGCCUGCAGGGUCUGUUCAGCGGCAUCCGGGCCCGGACGGCAUGGACGGGGCUGCAGUCGAUGGUGAUGUUUUUGAUCUACGAGAACCUCCUGGACGCAGUACGUCGAUGGGAUACCGAGACUCUGUAGGAGCCCUGAGCCUGCUAGUCCUGCCUUCGGCAAUAUCCAUUCCAGUGCAUGCCUUUGGAGGUUCGCCUUCAUCCGCCCUCAUCGCUUCCAGUGCCAUUGCUGCCUUGACAAAACUUGCUCCCGACUCCUCUCCUCCCAAGUCAUGUGCCAUACAGCACGAAUCACUUCUAUAGAUCCUGGGAAUGCAUCCGCUCCUAUCGUCCA